UUGUUUUGUUUUUUUCCCUAGUUCUCUUUUAAUAUGUUUGAUCACCCCAUCCCUCGGGUUUUCCAGAACCGCUUCUCAACGCAAUACCGCUGCUUCUCAGUAUCCAUGCUUGCUGGACCUAAUGACAGGUCAGAUGUGGAGAAAGGCGGGAAGAUAAUUAUGCCACCAUCGGCUUUGGAUCAACUCAGCCGACUUAAUAUUACGUACCCGAUGCUGUUUAAGCUGACCAAUAAAAAUUCAGACCGAAUGACACACUGUGGAGUCCUUGAAUUUGUGGCCGAUGAGGGCAUAUGUUACCUUCCACAUUGGAUGAUGCAGAACUUGCUGCUGGAGGAGGGAGGCCUGGUACAAGUGGAGAGUGUUAAUCUUCAAGUUGCUACUUACUCAAAAUUCCAGCCACAGAGUCCAGAUUUUCUUGACAUCACCAAUCCCAAAGCUGUAUUAGAAAAUGCAUUGAGAAACUUCGCUUGUCUAACUACUGGGGAUGUCAUUGCCAUCAACUACAAUGAAAAGAUCUAUGAGCUUCGGGUAAUGGAGACCAAACCGGAUAAGGCUGUGUCCAUCAUAGAAUGUGAUAUGAAUGUGGAUUUUGAUGCUCCUUUGGGGUACAAAGAACCAGAAAGAAGUGCUCAACAUGAAGAGGCCACAGAUGUUGAAGCAGACCAUAGUGGAUAUGUGAGUGACAUAGGAUUUCGUGCAUUCUCUGGCUCUGGGAACAGAUUGGAUGGCAAGAAGAAAGGUGUUGAGCCUAGUCCAUCACCAAUUAAACCAGGAGACAUUCGAAGAGGAAUACCCAACUAUGACUUCAAGAUUGGCAGAAUCACAUUCAUUAGAAACUCACGUCCACUAGUUAAGAAAGUCGAAGAGGAUGAAUCUGGAAGCCGGUUUAUUGCCUUUUCGGGAGAAGGCCAGUCUCUGCGCAAAAAGGGAAGAAAACCCUAAUUUGUGGUACCUUUAGUCAGUUAGGAGGAAGAUAAAAUAGCAAUUGCAGCAUAUUGGAUCUUAGUUAUUGCAGCUGAGAGGAGAGAUAAUUUUGCAACACAGAAAUACUUUUACUGGUUUUGGUUUCACAUUUAAAACCGGAGCUGUCAGACUGUCUUAAUUUUCAGCUGAAAAUUUUCAGCUGAAAAUUCUAGGAAUUCUGAAGGAGCUUAUGUAUGUGGUGUAAAAAGGGGAAAACUAUAUCGUGGAUAAACCCAAAAGUAAAAACCAACAAGGUCUACCUUACUGCAAGUUCUAGUUCUUAGACUACAUGGUCUCCUCAUAUCCUGAGUGAUAAUGGUCUUGCAUUGCUCUGUGCUUGAUUAUUUUCCUCCCUCUCUAUAUAUGUAUUUUGCCACAACUUCAGGCAAGCCUUUUGGUGUGGUGCAAAUGAAGACUAACACUUGGGUGUUGAAGACUUCUGUGCAGGGAAUCUGUUUGACCUUAGCUUCAGGUGUUGGGUUAUAAGUCAUUCUAAGCAAUCCCCCUGUAACUGCUUUUUAUAUUUAUAAUUAAUAACAUGCCUUUUAAUAGUUCAGGUACAAUAGCGUGCUGUAGCAAUCUAAUGGCACGUGGAGGGAGCGGCUAGACGCCCCUUCUCUGCCUCAUGCCGGUGAGGGAGCACAAAGCCCCGGCGUCCUGCGCUUUGGUAGCGGUGUCGGUAACCUGCGCGGCCUCUCGGUGCGGAGCCUUCAGCGGGGUGGUGGGGGGACACCCCUGCGCGCCCUCCUGGAAGGCCGAGUAAAGGCUCCUUGGUAC